AUGGGAUGCUUGGGCUCGCUCGAGCGUGGUGAAGCGGACGGGAAGGACGGAAGGACGACUUUCACGGGGUACAAAAGAAAACAGGUGGUCGUGAGACAGAAAGUGGCUGGAACGAAGGAGUGGAGACCGUAUGCUCGGAAGAGGUUUUCAUUCAAGUCCCCUUUUAUCCACCAUGAUGGGAUUUGCUCUGGCUUCAAGGUGGACCAAGCGCCGAAAGGACGCGAGUGGCAACUGAGACAGCGUGUGGAUCCGAAACGCAUACUAAAAACAGAUACAGAAGCCAGCCGAUUGCAGAUUGAGGGGUGCACAGCGCAGCUGCUUGACGCCCGAUAUACAGCAUCACUCCCCGUAAACAUUACAACGUGCCAGAAAAUGGGCGGUGGCUGA